AAAAUAGUUGUGAUAUAGGUUUGCAAAGUGCGUGACCGAUAGAUUACCAUUCAUUUGGUGAUAACGAUAAGCAUUGACUCAGUAUAAAAAGGUCAUUGCUAUGCAUAUGAUUGAAAACAAGACACAAUUUUUGUUCAAUAAUAGCAACAUUAUUGCUAUUAAGACAGGCUCUGUGCGAUUAAGACAGGCUCUUGAUUCAUAUUGUGGUGCCACUCACUCAAAAGCCGUAAUUGUCGACAGAUAUGGAUCGAUCAUCUCAAAAGUGGCCGGACCAAGUACAAAUCAUUGGGUGUGCGGCAUUCCCGAAGUAGCCCGUCGCAUUGCUGAUAUGAUUGAAUCGGCAAAGAAGCAAGCCAACAUCGAUCAAAGUCUGAAGCUUCAAUCACUUGGCUUGAGCUUAAGCGGUUGCGAACAGGAUGCCACAAAUAAAAUUCUCGAAAAUGAAUUGUUAACAAAAUAUCCAAAUAUUGCGUCAUCAUACUAUGUGUGUAGCGAUACAAUGGGCUCAAUUUUCACUGCAUCGUCGAAUGGAGGCAUGGUUUUGAUCGCCGGAACCGGAAGCAAUGCAUUGCUUCGUAAUCCAGAUGGAUCGACCUACACAUGCGGAGGAUGGGGUGCAUUCCUCGGUGAUGAAGGAGCUGCAUUUAAAAUCGCUCACAAAGCCACCAAAAUCGUGUUCGAUCAUGAGGAUAAGCUUGUUUUAAGUCCAUAUGAUACGUCUGCUGUGUGGCAACAAAUUAAAAAGCACUUCAACAUCGAAACACGUCACGAUUUAUUGGACCAUUGUUAUGCAAAGUUUGACAAAGCCCACUUUGCUAGUUUGUGCGAAAAACUGUCGAAUUUAGCGAGUGCAGGCGAUGAACUUUGUAUACAUUUAUUCGAAGAUGCUGGUUGUUUUUUGGCAAAAGCAACAAUGUCAUUAUUACCAAAUGUUAGCGACAAAUUAUUGACCAACAACAAUUUGAACAUUGUUUGCGUCGGUUCGGUUUGGAAGAGCUGGAAUCUAUUGAAAACAGGAUUUUCAAAUGAAAUUGCCAAAGCAACCAACAAAUUCGGUUUGAAUUUGAUCAUACUUACACAAGCCAUGGCCAUUGGAGCGGCAUAUCUUGCAGCCGAUUCAAUAAACUUUGACUUGCCACGAAACUAUUCACAUAACUACGACAUUUUUCAAUAUAUACCGCCAAACAAUGGAAUCAAAACAAACGGAGUACACACAAAUGGAACGUACACAAAUGGCAAUAGUGCCAAGAAAAUUUUCACCAACGGAAGUUUAACGAAUGGAAAAUCAAACAGAACCACAAAUGGUAAAACAAAUGGGACAACCAAUGGAAAAUCAAACGGAACCACCAACGCUAAAUACACAAAUGGAACCAUCCAAACUAAGAAAGGACUCAAGACUCAAACCAAUGCAUCACCAAACACAAUUCUUGUUCAAGAUGGAUAAGUGUCGCUUAUAAAGGAGAGAGAUUACAAGAAAUUGAACGAUUUUGUAAAACUACUUGUACAUGUCGGUAGAACAACAUUUUGUCUAAUUAACUGAUUUUAUUUGUACAUUUGAAUAGUAGAUUUUAAGCCGAAGAUUUUGAUGUUGCACAUCGAUUGUUUAUACUGCUUAGAAUUAAGAUUUAUUUUUUUUUGUAAUAAUUUUGAACCGUACACCUUACUUGAGUUUUAGUUAAGUAUUUCGGAGAUCAGAGAUUUUCUGAGAGAUUGUAUAUGGCAUCAUUCAAAUAAAUAAAAACGAAUAAGAUUAAACAAUUACGCAAUUUUA